AACCUAAUUAAGUUGGUUAAAAACAGUGACAUUUCGAAAAUAUACAUAUGUCUCAACAUAUUAAAGUAGUUUUUACCGGUAAUCAUUGAAAAAUAUAGCUUAUACGGCCUUUCAAACAUUGCGAUUUUCGCGAUCCGCGGGCGAGACUCCGGGCCCGCAACCGGAAGUGCUGUGACGUCACGUGCAGAACGGCGUGUUCCAACUCCGCUGCUCCUGCUAUACACAAUAUGGCCGACGACGAGUACCACUCGGACUCAGACUCAUCGGAGUCAAGUGUGGAAGCUAUUUUUGAGGCUUUCGAGCGCGAAGAGCUAGUGGAGCUAGUAGAGGGGGCCGUGGGAGGUAUUGUACCGUACCGGUUCGAGCCGUAUCUUGACGAACAGCAGGCAGAACCGGAGGAUAGCGACGAGGAACUUCAAGGUCGAGAGGAAGACGCGCGUGGGGACGCCGAUGACAACCGGGAUGACAACGCCAUUCCCAUGGGCGUUCAGAGACGCAAUAAUACGAACUGGUGUACCUGUGGACAAUGCGAGGUGAUGAACUCGGAAGUGGAGGGCGUCUGCUGUAGGGAACAGGCCCGGGUUUCAGAGACCAGAGAGCAAGUCCAGGGCAUCGAAUGUAUCACUGAACAUAUCGGCUUUCAGCCGGUAUGUUUGAACGAGUAUGUUCUACUGACGGCUCACUACCAGUACCAGGAUCAGUACGGACAGGCCCUCGGAAACGAGUGGAAGAGAUACUCUGCCUACCGGCAGUUUGUCCGGUGGACGUACGGCCACCUGGGGAGAGACAUCAGGGUCCCCCUGCCGUCCUGUGUUGUGUCUAAAAGUUAG